GGAAGUUCUCCCCCUCCAACGUCAGUCAAAUCAAUGCCCAUUUAAGUUUUCAUUUGUAUCACGUAGUACUAGCUCAACGCUUGGCAACGUUGGAUUAUAUUUCCCCCGUUCCGUUUCGUGUCGUCUGCUAUUGUUUGAUUUAUUUUCGUUAAAUGCGCUAUCAUGUCGGAAAAUUUAGAAGAGACUGCAAAAAAAGGAGUAAAACGUUAUUAUUGGAAGGGAAAGAUAGUAACCCAAAAAGUUUAUGAAAAUCGUUGUAGAUUGCAAAUUGCGGGAAAAAACCUUCGGAGUGUAUAUGGCACUAAAAAUCUUCGAGCUAACCUCACAAAUGAUUCGCACUGUGAAUUAGUGAAUUAUAAACCUGCUGAAGGCAGACGAAUAGUUGAUUUAAAAACAAUGGCAGAACAACUCUAUUGCAAAAAGUGUAAAUCUGUUUUGUCAUUAACAAACGUUGUUGAUGAAAAACGAUAUGGUUUGGCGUCUGUUCUCAGUGUAAAAUGUGACAAGUGCUUAUUUUACACGCAAGUUUCAACAGAUAAACAACAUGUUGUAUCCGGUCAAAAUAAGCACAAACACUUUGAUGUUAACACAAAAGUUGUUGUUGGUACAUUGAAUGCAGGAAUGGGAAACACUCAUUUAAAUAAAGUUCUGUCAUCUGUAAACAUUCCAGAAUUCAGGUGGAAUACUUUCAAGACACACGAGAAAGAAGUGGGGAUCGAAGUUGAAAAAAUGGCAAACGACAGUUGUUUAAAAGCUGCCAAUGAAGAAAGGCAACAAACCUAAAAAAUGAAAAUUAUGAAGAAGUGAAACGAUUGUUGUAAGUUUGAUUAAUAUUGCCAACAGCAAAAAGUACGCAAUAAGAAUCGUUGACUUUGUAGAAAGAAAAAAUAUUUUACCAAAUGUUAGUUGUGAAUUAUCUAACACAACAUAUUUAAAUUUAUUUCAUUAUUGUUUUUUAUAUGUAUUAUUUAGAAGCAAAAUAUUUAUUGCGUUUAUAUAAAAUAAUAUAAAGUCAUACUAUGAAUAAAAAAUUACUGUGAUUUAAAAUAUAUGAUUU